UCAGGUCCCAAACAGGUUGCAUUACACACUUGGGUAGGGCUUUUAUCUGGUAUUCACACCACACCCUCUGACACUCUUUUGUGCGCAAAAACGCACACGACGGUAUAUAAUCGGACGGACUACACCGCGUUUACACUGCUUGUCCUUCUCUCUAAUCCCGCUCCACGCACUCUAAUCGUCGGUCAUGUUUCGCUGUGGGAUCGCCUACCCCCGAUGCAGGUGGAUCGUGCCCCUGCUGCUGCUCUUCGCCAUUGUUUUUGACAUUAUCGCCAUCGCCGCUACCUCGGGAUGGGUCGAAGACGAGGACGCCAAGUCUCACUACGCCAGUAUGUGGAACCAGUGCCGAGGCAGGAAUAACGAGUGGAACUGCAAGUCGCUCAUGGAGUUCUCUUGGGCCCAGGCAGUGGCUGCUCUGAUGAUCAUCGGCCUCCUCAUCCUCAUCAUCGCCUUCAUCAUCUCCCUUGUGGCUCUGUGCUGCACGCUCAACAUCACUCUUCUGCCCCUCAUAGGAGUGCUGUUGAUCAUUGUUGUGAUCCUCCAGAUCAUCGCUCUGAUCAUCUACCCCGUCAAAUUCAACGAGCUGAUCUUCGAGGGCCACUAUUACUACACCUGGGCCUAUGGCUUCGGCUGGGGCGCCACCAUCCUCUGCAUCGGCUGUGCCAUCCUCUUCUGCUGCCUGCCAAGUUAUGAGGAUGAGCUGACCGGCCUGGCCAAGACCAAAUAUCUCUAUUCCUCUACUUAAAGACAAAACCUGCACACCCACCCAAUUACAGCCAUUUCCACUUUUCACUCUGGGCUUGAUCUGUGCUGGCCAUUGAACAUUUUUACACUGUCCCAUUUCACCAAAGAUCCACGAUGGCUCAGUUCAGAUAAAUUUGGUUCAGCAGUGGAAAAUCCCUGAAGUUAGAAGCAAGGGGAUGAUUCUUACUGGAAGUGGACUGUGAUAGGAUGUCGCAUCUGCUUUAAUGAACAGACCUCUAUUUUAGAUUAAGUCACCAUCAUAAAUUUUUUUUUGUUUUUUCACAUUCUGCAUUUUAGUGAAAUAUACAGUUUUCCUCAUUUUAUCUGUACUUUUUACCUGUAAUUCCUAAUACAAGAUCACUGAAGUGCACUUAACCUAAGGGAUGUAAUUAUGUGUAAAGCAUAGCUUUAGCCUGAUUUAUUUUUGAUCUCCUAAAACCCUGUUAGAAGUUUCCAAUUCACACUAAAAUAUUUGCAAAGGAAUCAUUAAUCAGAAUUUGGUUUUGUCCCAUGUGUUAUAGUUUGUUUUUCUCAGUUCUUUAAUGUGUCUUUUUUCUGUAUGUUGCUGUGCAUAUGGUAAGAAGAAGCAAAGGCUUGGACUAAGAAGCUGAAUGUAAUCUAUCUACAUAUGGAAAUGUACAUGUAGUUUAACAGUCAUGUGUUUGCACCUUUUUAUGCAUUUUAUUUUAAUAAUUCUUAUCUGAUGUUUGUCUCCAGAAUUUUUUAUUCUUAUUUACUUAUUACCCAAGGGAUAUAACUGAGGAAGUUUGCUGUGCUGUCUUUGUAUCUGUUCUGAACACUACUAAUAAUACACUUUGUGAGUAGACACAGCAGUGUGAUUGUUGAAUGACUUGGCUCUAGUUAUUGCUUCUCUGUCACUCUAAACUGGAAGCAAAUUAAGAUGAUUUUCUAUUGAGCUUGAUAAUGAAUCUGCCUCAUGCAAAUUUAGAAAACAUAGUCUUAUGCAGACAUUUUCUUGAGUACUUUUUCACACUUUGAUCCAGACUUUUUAUAAUACUUACUUCAAGAGAACCAUUAUUUUACAAUCUGUGGCUGAAAUGGCAAGAAUAUCAAGACGUCUACAUCAAUCUUCUGUAGAAAUUCUACUCUCAAUUUUUCAAACAGUCCAAACUCAUGUGAGCUACCUUGUUUAACAAUGUCACAUGUCAUCAUUUUGGUUUAAAGGGAACAAUGAACUCAGAAGCUCAUUCUGUGUUUUUCAUGUCUUGUUGCCUCAAAGUAGUGCAUUUAGAGAGAAGACUAAACUAUUUUUCACUUGAGUUCUUUGAAAGAUUAAAAUAUUUUUUCAGUCACAGAAAGAUGACUAAUCAUGUAUUUUCCAAAAGCCUUCAUAUGUUUUGAUAAUGCUCCUUUGGCUAACCAUCUGCUGGUUUGAUGAGACACUGAGACCAAGGUGUACAAUCUUCUGACAUACUGAUGUGUAAAACUUGUGCCUUAUCUUCUUCAGUGUUGAGUUGUAAAAUCCUUGACUGUUCUAUCAAACUGGUCAGUCUGAUUUUACUGACUCUCACUUUAAUCUCAGUCAUCAGUAACAUGGCUGCUCAUGCCAAGACCAAAUUCAUGCCCAAACAAGACAAGUUAUUUUGUUUUAUUACAUGAAAGAGUUCUGAGGAAAGAUCAUUUGUGACUGUUGAAUGAAAAGAGAUUUGACGAUUGACCUUAGAUUAGUAGUCAAAGACCACAACCCAACUUCUGCUUGUAGCUUGGAGUCAUUCAAGUUGUUUAUGCAGCAAAUUGCUAGAUUUUAGAAUUUGAUAGAAGUUUUAACUGAGAAUGAGGACAGAUUCAGGCAGGUUUACACUUGAAGAAACUCUGCCUGGAUGUCUUGAAGGUGAGUUGAAAAACAUGUUUUUACUUACGGCCAUGUAUUUCAGUCAUUAUUUGUCACUAUAUGGGUAUAUACUGUACUAUCGAGAAUGUCUUAUUAAUUCAUCCACUUUCGGAAAUCACCCAGCUGUUCUUCUGUAGUAUGAAUCAAUUAUUUUUGGUAGUCUGUAUUUUUAUGCAAUAAAGAGUUUCUUUUUUGAA